GCAAUCUCCGUCUUCUCCUCAGGUUUCGGCGUGGUUUCCUCACUCACAUCAUCCUUGUCCUCAACAACGACGUCAUCACCCUUGAUCCCAGCUCCACGAUAGAUGCUCAUCCGCCUCCCGCCCAUCUCGACUUUAAUCUCCCCUGUCUGCGUCUCAGAAUCGACACUAUCGCUCCGACUUCUCGUACCUGUAGCAUCACUGCUCGAGCUCCCGGGAAUGUUGAGAAUAGUGACGAUCUCCGAAAUCGCAAACCCACCCUUCUCCUCUUUCUUCUCCACCGGCUUCCGCCUCGCCGGUCCCCUCGCCCGUCCCUUCCGCACAUCGCCCAACGUAUCCUUCUUCUCCUCCUCCUCACCCUCAGCCUCAACAGGCUUCGGUGCAGGUUUCGGCUUCACGGGCGGUGGCCCUCCAAACAACCCCCCACCAGCGCCCAAAUUCAACUUAUUCUCCAAAUUCGCCCUCAACGCCGAGAUCUUACCCGGUCCACCACGGACAGGGACACGACCACUGGCAGGUCUGGGCGGAACGACAGGCUUUCCCUUCCAGACUUCACCUUCCUUCUUCGGCUCAGCGAGGAGAGGAGAUUGCGUACGUCCAGGCUCAAAAACCUCACCCCUCGUCGCACUCGUCCCAGCUCUCUCGAGUUCGCUACGCACCUCACCUUCCACAGGCGGCUUAUGCGCCAAAAUUGGAUCAGUGGGUUCCUGAACAGGUGUACUCAGAUGCUCCUUCACCUCCCUAACUUCUUCGGCCUCAGUCUUCCCCGGCCCCUCCCAAAUCUCCUUUCCAUACUUAACCUCA